UCCGAGCCAGCAAUAAUUUUAUAAAACUCGGCCGUCUAGCUAAUAUCCACCCUCAGUGCGCUUGUCUUCCGCUCGGUUUAAUCAGUUUACCGGUAGUGUUAAGCAACUUCCGCUAACCAUGCUGCGAUUAUUAGCGCUGUGUUCCUUUGUCGCCCUCGUGGCGUGCGAUGGCACCAGAGUGGAAUUUUUGCUGUCAGAUUUGAAGAAUGACCACGGAAUUCUCACUACCGGCAAACGCUGUGAUGGACGCGGAAGUACUCGCAAAUGUGAUACCGUCAUUACUGCCUCCAUUGAUACUGAUACUCCAUCUAAAGCUUGGCCUGGAUACAAGCCCACCAGUCAGUGGACGAAAGUUUUGGAGGCUGACGAGCGCGAAAGCAUGGCCGUGAACAAAAUCAUCUCCAAGGAUAUUUGUGGAUCAUCUUCCAGCCGUCGCAGUUUCGAUCGUGCCAAUUUGCGCGUACUGGUGGCUGAUAAGGAUCCCGGCAACAAGUUCUCCCCCAUUGAACAGUUCGAAUGCAUGAGCGGACGGGAGGUAGCCACACGCCGCGGCUCCUCCGACUGGUCGCCGGUGCAGCCGUGCAAAGCCAAAUUCAAUCCCGACAAAGUCAAACUUAAUUAUCAGUGGCGCGCUUAUCCGAUUUCCAACUCGGAAUGCAACCAGCCUGUUGGAGAUGACAAACCAUCUUACGGUCGUCGUACUUAUUACAACUAAAAAAAUUAACACUUUUAUCGACUAAACGGUUCGAAACGUACUUGUAAUAUGCCGAGGUCACCAAAAAUCGAGGAAACAAACGCCGACAUUUUUAAACAGUCUACAAAAUUUGUGUGCAGUGGUCACAAAACAAUGACUUCGAUCACGGGAAAUAAAUGAGUACGUUUUCAAA